AUGCUGUAAUCAAUCAAGAAGAUAGCCAAGGAGAGACAACGGGUUUAGUCUGAACUCUGUUCAACCCUGGCUCGUUCCAGGGAUAUGCCUAAGGAGAGCCACAGUCUGGUUUCAGUCUCUGAUAAGGUAGGACAGCCAUGGAUGUAGGUAAGCGCGAGCAAUUCGACCCUAGGUCAGAUUCCCACUUCACACCAAGUUCUUGCCUAGCAACAGAGAAUCCUCACUAUAUGUUCGUCACGUCUGUGAUUUUAACUUUGGUUAUCCAAUAGUUUACUAAAAAAAUCUUCAUCAUAUCCACAAAGUCUUUCGGAGUAGGAGUGCUGAUCUAGGAUCAGUUUAGCCUUUUAGAUCACAAUGAAUAAGGCUAUGUAGACGGGUGGGGACCUGAUUCUCGACGCAGCACUUCUACUCGGAGACUCUUUGUGGAUACGGGCCCAGGUCUUGAUUAAUUAAUUGUGUCUUAAGUGUGGGACCAUGCCUUUGAAUUAUCAAAGAGUGUAAAAUAAUCAAAUCAACUAACACGUUUGCAUAGUAUCACAUCAACUAACAUGUUUGCAUAGUAUUCAUAGCAGUCCCUCAUUGACCAAUCGGAAGAUGCUCCACAUCCUCUCAAUCUGUAUCUCUUACAGUCAGAAGACAUGGAGGAUGGAAAGCCUGAUCUGCUGCUAGUCAAAGAGGAGACAAUAGAAGAUGGACCAGAGAGCACUGACCUUCUGAGUGGACUAAAGAUGGGGGAGCAAAGUGGUUGGCUGGAGGCUAACAGAGGAGACUGGGCAGCCAUCUUGGAUUCCCAGAACCAGACUGGGGGCCCAGGGGACAACAUCACUGAGAAGGCCAGGACCAGAGGCGACAUAGUGGAGUCUGCAGUCCAUGAGGACCUGCUGAUAUCCGGUGUUGCUGGCGGGAGGGACUGGACCUCUGAGGCGGCUGGUCACAAACCCUGGCCCCGGAUCAGGACAGUGGAUCAGGAGCCGUCAAUCUUCCUUCCCGUGUCAGAACCAGGACCCAACCGUGAGGGACAGAGACUCCACCACUACCACUACACAGAACACAACCAGUGGACAGGGGGACAAAACAACCUCAGUCCUGGUGGUCAUCAGAGAGACAGAGGCUCCAGUCAGGGAUCCAGUCUGCAGCCCAGACCCUUCUCUUCACAGUCUCAGUGCAGGGAUAGAGCAGGACCUGGGGCUGAUAGAGAUAGACCCUUCUGUUCCUAUGAUACAAACACCACAGUAUCCAUGAUGAACAGAGCAGGUCAGCCUGGGCUUCAGACUUCACAGAGGGUGGUGGGAGACCCCCCUGGUGGUAGCCUUUCAGGAAGUCUGUCUUCUGCUUCAGGGUCUCAUCUAAUGCCUGGUGACUGGGUUCAUAAAAAGCCUGGACCUGGGUCUUGCCUUCCUCAGUUACCUCAUGGUUACCCCACCAAUACAGACAGGGUCAGAAUGGGCGUUCACCACAAGAUGUACCUUGCCUAUAACACAGCACACAAUCCCAACAACACCCAAACAAUGACUAGAGGUCAAGGAGGGAGCUCAAAGACUAACCACCUGAGGGCGGUGGUUCCUGCUUCUACCUCCUCUGGUGUCAUUGGGUCACAACGUGGGAGGCUGAGCAUUUGGACGGAAGCAGACAAGCCGUAUGCCUGCCCCACGUGUGGGAAGCGCUUUACUGAGGCUACCUAUGUGAAGAAGCACCAGACCGUUCACACCAAGGAGAGGCCCUUCAAGUGCAAACUAUGUUACAAGAGCUUCUCCUUCCUGACUAACCUUACCAGACAUAGGAGUGUCCACAAAGGGGAGAAAUCGUAGCAGUGUGGCUUGAGUUUUACGCAGGGGAUAUCUGGGAACCAUUCUUUAGCUGACAUACACUACAUGACCAAAAGUAUGUGGACACCUGCUCGUUGAACAACUUAUUCCAAAAUCAUGGGCAUUAA